CCCUUCGCUGACUUUGCACGGCUGUUAAUCACAAGGGGACGGGGCUUCGUGGGUUCAGCCGCGAAUUGGCUCGGAAGCCCUGCACCGGGGCGAUGGCUGUCGAGUUGAGGCACGAGACGCAGCUGCAAGAGAUGGUGUGGGAGCCUUAUGCCCACGUGGUGGCUCUCCGCUCCGCCACGGGUUUGGAGGUGAAGCUGGGCUCUUUGGCUCUGCUGCUGGUGGUGACCCUCUUGUGUGGGUUCCUUCCUCUGUGGGUCUUCCGGCGUCAGGGAGCCACAACCAGCUCCUCAGAUUCCCGAAGGAAGGUUUUAAGCCUGGUGAGCUGUUUCGCUGGAGGUGUCUUCCUGGCUACGUGUCUCCUGGACUUGAUCCCUGAUUACCUUGCCGGUAUUAACGAGGCCUUCAACAACUUGAGAGUCACGCUCCAUUUCCCCCUGCAGGAGUUCAUCUUGGCCAUGGGCUUCUUCCUGGUCCUGGUCCUGGAGCAGAUCGUCCUGGCCUACAAAGACCCGGCGGGAUCCCUGGAAGAGAGCCAGGCCCUCCUUGGCUCGGCCGCGAACCCCUCUGCCUCCAUCCAGGACCAGAGCUGGCUCGACGGGCCGCUGGCGCACCAGCACGGCCGCGACCGCCCCCACGUCCACGUGGACUUCAACGCCCACUCGGCCAUCCGCUCGGUCGUGCUCCUCCUGGCCCUCUCGCUGCACUCCGUCUUUGAGGGGCUGGCCGUGGGGCUGCAGGAGGAGGGCGCCCAGGCGCUGGAGAUCUGCCUAGCCCUGCUGAUCCACAAAGGCGUCAUCGCCUUCAGCCUCAGCCUCAAGCUGCUGCAGGGGCGGCUGCGCCCCCGCGUGGUGGCGGCCUGCCUCGUCCUCUUCGCCAUCAUGUCCCCCCUGGGCAUCGGGCUGGGCGUGGUGCUGACGGAGACCCCCCUGGCGGCCCUCCACCAGCUGUCGCGCUGCGUCCUCGAGGGCCUGGCCACCGGCACCUUUGUGUACAUCACCUUCCUGGAGAUCCUGCCCCACGAGCUCAACUCCUCCGAGCAGCGCAUCCUCAAAGUCAUCGUCCUCCUGGCGGGCUUCGCACUCGUCACCAGCAUCCUGUUUAUCAAGAUCUGAGGAGGAGGAGGAGGAGGAGCUUGGGUUGUGGGUGGGGCGAAGAGAUGCCUUCGGCCUAUGUCCUAAAUUCACUCAGGGAUCCCUUCGGACCCAAUCCACGCAGGGCUUUGACUUUCGGAAACUCGAGGGAGGCGGCUGAACCCGAGGCAGGCAAGCAAGAAUUUUCACAGACAUCCCCAAAGAUCUCCCUCCAGAGGCAAAAACAGCAUAAAACAGAGACAGCCCAGUGACAUGGAAGGGAGAGGGCGACAACGCACACACACACACAUGCUAUUCCUGGAAAAAAACCACCCACAAGUCUGUUUUUUUGUUUUGUUUUGUUAUCCCCUCCAGGAAUUCAUCCUACUCUGUUGAUUUCUUCCUGCUGUGGAGUUCCUAUACAUUAGAACCCAGGUCCAAAACUUGGGAUAAACAGGCUUAUCUCCUUUUUAAAGAUUCUACCCUCCUCCUCUGAAAAUAGGAACUCUGUUUUAGAUCUACGCUCUAAACAUUCACUCUGACUGUUCCCACAAAGCCAUACGCCCUUUGGGCCCAGCUGUGCUCUAGGUCUGCUCGCCUGGGGCGACCCUGCAGUUGGGCGCAAAGUCAGAGUGUCUGGUGGGGUGUUAAGUGCUCAUGCCCUCUUCUGAGUACAUAACUAUGAAAAUUACACCAUAGCCAAAUUUGGCGUGGCCUGACAAUCCUUCCCUGGGUUUUAAGAAUUAAGCAGGUCUUGGAAACAGGCAGUCGG